AUGAGCAGCGACUUGGCUUGGGCGAGUACGGCUCGUCGACUCUCCCAGUGCCAAUCACCAGCUCUGCUCUCAUCCCCCCUCCCCGUAAAAUCCAAAGCCACGUUACCCGCUCACCCUCCGCACCGCAGCCCCCUUAUCAACCCCGCCGCUAUGCUGGGCUCGGGCUACUCGACUAAGCUUGACGGACCUUCUUCCUCAGAAUCCGCACCUUCACCCCCACAGAUCAUUCAUUCGUGCCCGCAGACGAAUGGACUCCCUCCCUCACAAGUCAACGGACACUCCCACUCGCAUACUUCCUGCGUGCUCCUUCUGCUCGACGUCCAAGUCGCCCCGCUGUCCGACCCUCCCAUCGGCGUUCCCUCCGCACGCAUCGUCGGUCCAAAUAUUGCCAAAAUCCUUGCUGCAGCACGCGCUUGUCCACCACGCACACGACCACGCAUUGUCCAUGUCCGCAACGCCGGUGCACCUGGGGAGGCCGAUGAGCCCCGCGCGCCGGGCUGGGCCCUCGUGCACACACCGCUCCCGCACGAGCCAGUUGUCGACAAGCGGAAGAACAACGCCUUCUCGGGAACAGCCCUUGCAGAGCUUGUUCCCCCUGAUGCCAUCCUUGUCGUCGUCGGCCUUCAGAGCGACUUUUGCGUCCGUGCGACAUGCAGUACGGCCCUCGCUCGCGGUAACGAAGUGCUCCUCAUCCGCGGCGCACACGCGACGUAUGACCGUGUCGAGCCUUGGGGUAUCGUCACGAGUACACCAGCCGACCGCGUUGCGUGUGAGAUUGAGGAAGAAUUGGAAGAAGCUGGCGUCGUCAUCUUGGAGAUGGAAGAUGUGCCCAACCUCUUUGGCGAUCGUUGA